CCGCGGAGGGAGCGAGCUAGGAGCGUCCACGCCCAACGCAGUCACCGUCCCACGGCCUCAGAGAGCGAACCGCGGCUCCACCGUCGGCGGGGCGACCCCCCCCUCCGGACCCCGCCCGCACCCCGCCCCCCCUCCGCCGCCGUCGCGGCGGCGGGGCCAGGCGGCCCGAGCCGUGCAGUCGGAGGUCCUUGUGCAUGAAGACAGGUUUGUUCUAUGGCCUCGGAGUUGGGUGCCAGGGAUGAUGGCGGCUGCACCGAGCUGGCAAAGCCCCUCUAUCUUCAGUACUUGGAGAGGGCCCUCCGGUUGGACCAUUUCCUGCGACAAACGUCAGCCAUCUUCAAUAGAAAUAUUUCUAGUGAUGACAGUGAAGAUGGACUGGAUGACAGUAAUCCCUUAUUGCCCCAGUCUGGGGAUCCCUUAAUACAAGUUAAGGAAGAACCUCCAAAUACAUUGCUUGGAGAAACUUCUGGAGCAGGCAGUUCUGGAAUGUUGAACACAUAUUCCCUGAAUGGAGUUCUACAGUCAGAAUCAAAAUGUGAUAAGGGGAAUUUAUAUAAUUUCUCUAAGCUGAAGAAAAGCAGAAAGUGGCUAAAGAGCAUUUUGCUAAGUGAUGAAUCCAGCGAGGCUGAUUCUCAGAGUGAAGACGAUGAUGAAGAAGAACUCAAUCUCAGCAGAGAAGAACUUCACAACAUGCUUCGGCUACACAAAUAUAAGAAACUUCACCAAAAUAAGUAUAGUAAAGACAAGGAGUUGCAGCAAUAUCAGUACUACAGUGCAGGCCUGCUCUCCACAUACGACCCUUUCUAUGAGCAGCAACGGCACCUACUUGGACCCAAGAAAAAGAAAUUUAAGGAGGAAAAGAAACUUAAAGCUAAGUUAAAAAAAGUGAAGAAAAAAAGACGAAGAGAUGAAGAACUUUCCUCUGAAGAAUCCCCUCGUCGCCAUCACCACCAGACCAAAGUCUUUGCCAAGUUUUCUCAUGAUGCACCUCCCCCUGGCACUAAGAAAAAGCACUUAUCCAUUGAGCAGUUGAAUGCUCGUCGUAGGAAAGUAUGGCUCAGCAUUGUGAAAAAGGAACUACCAAAGGCAAAUAAGCAGAAAGCUUCAGCUCGUAACCUGUUUCUCACCAAUAGCCGAAAGCUUGCUCACCAGUGCAUGAAGGAGGUGCGUCGAGCUGCCUUGCAGGCCCAGAAGAACUGUAAGGAAACCUUGCCUCGUGCCCGCCGCCUCACCAAGGAGAUGCUUCUGUACUGGAAGAAAUAUGAGAAAGUGGAGAAGGAGCACCGCAAGAGAGCAGAGAAGGAAGCUUUGGAGCAGCGGAAGUUGGAUGAGGAAAUGCGGGAGGCCAAGAGGCAACAGCGAAAACUCAACUUCUUAAUUACCCAGACAGAGUUGUAUGCCCAUUUCAUGAGUCGCAAACGAGACAUGGGUCAUGAUGGUAUCCAGGAGGAAAUCCUAAGGAAACUGGAAGACAGUUCUACCCAGAGACAAAUCGAUAUAGGUGGAGGAGUGGUAGUUAACAUCACACAGGAGGAUUAUGAUAGUAACCACUUUAAAGCCCAGGCCUUGAAGAAUGCUGAAAAUGCUUACCAUAUUCACCAAGCUCGGACAAGGUCAUUUGAUGAAGAUGCAAAAGAAAGUCGAGCAGCUGCCCUACGGGCAGCAAACAAGUCUGGCACUGGGUUUGGGGAGAGUUAUAGCCUGGCUAACCCAUCUAUCCGGGCUGGUGAGGAUAUUCCACAGCCCACAAUUUUUAAUGGCAAAUUGAAAGGUUAUCAACUGAAAGGCAUGAAUUGGUUGGCCAAUCUCUAUGAACAGGGUAUUAAUGGCAUUCUUGCUGAUGAAAUGGGCCUUGGUAAAACAGUACAGAGCAUUGCCCUUCUGGCCCAUCUGGCUGAGAGAGAGAACAUUUGGGGACCUUUCUUAAUAAUUUCACCUGCGUCUACACUUAACAAUUGGCACCAGGAGUUUACUAGAUUUGUUCCUAAAUUUAAGGUGCUACCAUAUUGGGGAAAUCCUCAUGAUAGAAAAGUCAUCAGAAGGUUCUGGAGUCAGAAGACCCUCUACACUCAGGAUGCCCCCUUCCAUGUGGUUAUUACCAGCUAUCAGCUGGUGGUGCAGGAUGUAAAGUAUUUCCAGCGGGUCAAGUGGCAAUACAUGGUACUGGAUGAGGCUCAGGCGCUCAAGAGUAGUUCCAGCGUUCGUUGGAAGAUCCUCUUACAGUUCCAGUGUCGGAAUCGUCUUUUGCUAACCGGGACCCCAAUUCAGAACACCAUGGCAGAGCUUUGGGCUCUGCUGCAUUUCAUUAUGCCAACAUUAUUUGAUUCACAUGAAGAAUUUAAUGAAUGGUUUUCCAAGGACAUUGAGAGCCAUGCCGAAAACAAAUCCGCUAUUGAUGAGAAUCAACUUUCUCGCUUACACAUGAUUUUGAAGCCAUUUAUGCUGAGGAGAAUCAAGAAAGAUGUGGAAAAUGAACUAUCUGACAAGAUUGAGAUUCUAAUGUAUUGCCAGCUGACCAGCCGUCAGAAACUGUUAUAUCAGGCAUUAAAGAACAAAAUUUCCAUUGAGGAUUUAUUGCAGUCUUCUAUGGGCUCUACCCAACAAGCACAGAACACCACCAGCAGCCUCAUGAAUCUGGUCAUGCAGUUUAGGAAGGUGUGUAAUCACCCAGAGUUAUUUGAACGACAAGAAACUUGGUCUCCAUUUCAUAUUUCCCUAAAGCCAUACCACAUUUCAAAGUUUAUCUACCGUCAUGGACAGAUCAGGGUCUUCAAUCAUUCACGAGACAGGUGGUUAAGGGUUCUUUCUCCAUUUGCACCAGACUAUAUCCAACAGUCUCUCUUUCAUAGAAAAGGUAUUAAUGAAGAAAGCUGUUUCUCUUUCCUUCGCUUUAUUGAUAUAUCUCCGGCAGAAAUGGCAAACCUUAUGCUUCAGGGACUUUUGGCCAGAUGGUUAGCUCUUUUCCUGUCUCUGAAAGCCUCCUACAGGCUCUAUCAGCUACGCUCCUGGGGAGAGCCAGAAGGGGAGAGCCACCAGAGAUACCUGAGAAACAAGGAUUUCCUUCUUGGGGUUAAUUUUCCACUCUCCUUUCCAAACCUUUGCAGCUGCCCUUUGUUAAAGUCUCUUGUUUUCAGCAGCCACUGUAAAGCAGUGAGUGGCUACUCAGACCAGGUCGUCCAUCAGCGGAGAUCAGCUACCUCCUCUCUGCGUCGCUGCCUGCUCACUGAGCUGCCAUCUUUUUUGUGUGUGGCCAGUCCACGAGUUACCGCAGUACCAUUGGAUUCUUACUGCAAUGACCGAAGUGCAGAAUAUGAAAGGCGAGUUCUGAAGGAAGGAGGGAGUCUGGCAGCCAAGCAGUGUUUGUUGAAUGGGGCCCCUGAACUAGCUGCAGACUGGCUAAAUCGACGAUCACAGUUCUUCCCAGAGCCAGCUGGAGGUCUGUGGAGCAUCAGGCCUCAGAAUGGCUGGUCUUUCAUCAGGAUUCCAGGCAAGGAGAGCCUCAUCACUGACAGUGGAAAGCUGUAUGCCCUUGAUGUCCUGCUGACUCGGCUCAAGUCUCAAGGGCAUAGGGUCCUUAUCUACUCCCAGAUGACCAGGAUGAUAGACCUGCUGGAGGAAUACAUGGUUUACAGGAAGCAUACUUACAUGAGGCUUGAUGGCUCAUCCAAGAUCUCGGAGAGGCGAGACAUGGUUGCUGAUUUUCAGAACAGGUAAUGUUCAUGGGGAUUACAAAAA